GCUAGAAAAAUACUAAAAUUUGAGUAAAUGGGUAUUUCAAAUUCAAAAGUAGAGACAUGUAAGCCUUUGGGUUUAUGCAAAGAAAGGAAAAAGUUCAUCAAACAAGCAAUUGAUUCAAGGUACAAUUUAGCAGCUGCUCAUGUUGUUUAUAUUCAAUCCCUUCAUAAUAUAGGAAUUGCCUUAAGUAAAUUCGCAGAAACCGAAUUUUCUUUAGAACAAUCACACCCACCACCACGAGUUAAUAAUGGCAAUAGUUCUAAGUUAAGUUACAUGAAAUCAAAUGGGGUUAGUUCUGUAACUGUUAAUCUUAAUCUUAAUCCAUCAGGUAGUAGUAGUUUUAGUAAUAAAGUUAGUGUAGAUGAUGUAGAAUCUUUGCAGCCACCACCACCACCACCACCGCGGUUUUCUUGGGAUUAUUUUGAGCCUAGUGAUGGAAGUUUUAGACUAAUGGGUCAUAAUAGGUUUCAAAAUGGAAAGAAUGUAGAUGACGAUUUAGGAGUGUUGGUUACGCCUCCUGAAUCGCUAAGAAAGGAUCAAAAUGGGCAUUUUGAUGAUAAUGUAGUUGAGAGUGAAGUGAAGGAGUCUGAUUUGGUAUGCAAAAAUGAUCAAAGUGAAGAAUGUGAUAGUUUAAAGGAUGGUUGUUUGACAGAGCAAGAAAGUGAUGAUCAUCCUGUUGAGUUGAUUGCUCAUAGAACUAAAGAUUUUCUUUCUAGUAUUAAAGAAAUUGAGAAUCACUUCAUUAGAGCUUCAAAAUCAGGGUAUGAAGUUUCGAGGAUGCUUGAGGCUAAUAAGAUCCAAGUUAGCUAUUCUGAAGCAAGAGGUAGCUCAACGGGGUCUUCUUUAUCUUUCUUAACUUGUUUUAGAGGAGAAAACGCGCUUGUUUUAUAUGAACCUCAACAAACAACAAAGGUCAUUACAUGGAAACGAUCAACUUCUCUAAAUUCAUCGUUAUCGAACCUUCAGAGCCCCCCAACAACCGAUGAUAAGGAAAAUAAUUUUAUGGAAGAGUUUUGCAUGAUAGCAGGGAGCCAUUCUUCAACUCUUGAAAGAGUAUAUGCUUGGGAAAGAAAGCUCUAUGAUGAAGUAAAGGCGAGUGAAAGUAUUAGAAAGGAGUAUGAUAGAAAAUGUGAUGAACUAAGGCACCAAUUCACAAAGGAUAUCAAACCUCAUUUGAUUGAUAAAAAUCGAGCCGUGGCUAAGGAUUUGCAUUCACGUUUGAAGGUUGCAUUGCAUACAGUUGAUUCCAUAUCAAAACGGAUUGAGAAAAUGAGGGAUGAAGAGUUACAACCGCAACUCUUGGAACUCAUUCACGGAUUAAUCAGGAUGUGGAAGUCGAUACUUGAAUGUCACCGUACACAACACAUAACCAUCUCAUUAGCUUAUGAUUCAAAGACUUCAAAAAACCAAAAAUAUGGCAGUGAAACCAAGAACCAGAUUAUGUCUGAGCUGCAGCAUGAAACAGAACGCUUCGGAUCAAGUUUUUCAGACUUGGUCAAAUGCUACAAUUCAUACAUUGAUUCAAUCAACAGUUGGCUCCAAAACUGCAUCGUUCUACCAAAGGAACGAGUCAGGGGCAGAAGAGUCUUUUCUCCUAGACGGGCCGUGGCCCCACCUAUCUUCGUUAUAAGUCGUGAUUGGUCAAAUGGGCUUAAACUUCUUCCUUCUCAAAAACUAAGUGAUGCCAUCAAAGACUUUUCAUGUCAAAUUCGUCGCCUUUAUAAUGAAGAAUUUCAGAACAAGGAGAUAAGUUUGAUUAAUAGGGAGGAGAUGAACAAUGGUGAAGUUAUCGGGUCGAGUUUGAGCAAGAUGCAUUCCUGUUUGACCAAAGUUCUUGAUCGUUUGACCGAGUUUUCUGAAAGUUCAUUGAUGAUGUAUGAAGAUAUUAAAGUGAAAUGUGAGACUGCUGAAAAUGUGUACUCAAACUAUAAGCCACCAAACAGAGCUUUUAGCAUAUGAAAAUAUGAAAUCUUCUAGGUUUA